CCGGAGUAUGAUAUUCGCAAUUUACUCGUCAAUGCAUACACACUAAUCAUCUCGUCUGAUGGAUCAUGAUGGAAGUUUCAUAAUACUACUCCGACUAAUCCCGGAUUAAAUCCGCAUCGCUGAUUGAUCUCUCUCGCGCAUCUGGUGGACCGACAAAUUAUUCCGCGAUUCUCGACAACGCGCCUCGUCACGGUCGCGAGUACUAUGUUUUAUUUUGUUUCUUUGCUCUCAAUGUCAGAGCUUAGAACCCUGUUUCGUGCUGCUGUCGCACACAAGCGCACGCUUUUGCGAGGUGACGAAUCUGGGGAGAGGAGGGAUUCCGAUUCCCGAAUUGACGAAUGACUCACCCGGCACUUCUGGAUUCUCGAUAAUCUUGACGCUGGACAUCUCCCGCGGAGAAAAUUGUAUUCGAGCGACAAUUAUCUCUGUCGGCCGAAGCUUAAUGACAGGCAGCGGCUCCUCGCUCGAGCGCUAACGCCUCCUCGCGAAUUUGCCGUCUUCGUCGACUCGCACUUGACGUUUCGCCUCGCUGUUCCGCAACGACGCGUCACGUCGUACCGCGACUCGCACCUCGGCAUCGACUGUCACCUUAUCGAAGCGAAAAGUUUGGUUGAGGUUAAUUCAGCCGCGGCUCGACACACGAGCCGACGACAUUACACGGCGCGCGUGAUAUUGACCCGCGGCGUAAGAUGGCUGCACACGCUGCGCUCGUGGACGACGUUUACGGUGACGUUCGUGCACACCGCACCGAAUUGUCACGUGCGACGAUAGGAAGGAUUCGAUCACGCUCGUGCGAUCGCUGAUGGAGAGUUCGCGACGACGAUGGAAGACAAGGACGAGCUGCUUCGCUGCCUCGAGGAGAAAAUCGCUAGCGCUCGCAGUAUGAUCGAGCGGCUGAAGCUCAUGGAUAAGAUCGAUGGGACUGACAAAUUGAUACGAAAGAUCCAACAGGAGAUGAAAUUUUUGGAAAAAGUGCACUGCUCUGGAAAUUUGAAGAAAAAACAUUUACAGAGCACAAAUCUGAUUCAUCUUAAUGCUAUAGUGACUAGAUUGUCCUGCGCAAAGGAUCUUGUCAGCGUUAUGAAACCUUUUAAACAUCAGAAAUCACGUCUGGAAGUUGAUAUAGUAUGCAACAAUGGUGCUUCGUGGGUGAAGGUUAUAGCCAGGAAUGCUAGAGCACUAACUUUGAUAUCUCUUGGUAAUGGAGAAUAUGGACAGAAAUCUGCUUUGGAUCAAGCUAAUUCAUAUCUUAUGUGCAGCAAAUGUCAUCUAUAUCACUAUAAGCCGCCAGAUGUAAUAUUUCACUUUGCUUAUGGAGUAGAAAUUCCUCUAGCCUUACGUUUGGAGCAAAUGGGCAUUAUAGUUGAAGGAGAUAGAAUAGAUAUAGAUCAUGAGAAUUUAAACAAACACGAUGACCUGGAUUUGCUGAAAGAAUCUACAGAUGAUUCUGAACAGGACUUGGAUUUGGAUUCGUUAAAUACAUCUGUACUUUCAACAGAGAUUAAACUCCUGAAUCUGGAUGUAUCAACGCUAUUGGCUUAUGUUACAAAUAUGUCUAAUGGACAUAAUAAUUAUAUUUAUCGUGAGCCAUUGCUUACGCAGCAGAGAGAGAUGGAAAGAAAAUGUCCCAUAAAACCAAUUCUGGAAAAUUUGUUUCAUGAGAAAGAACUUAUAGUUUGCCAGACAGCAUAUGACAAUUUGAAUAUUAUUGACGUCAUUGGUGGUCCAAAAGAGACGCUGCGUGCUCACGAAUUGUUAAAAAAAGUUCGAAUUGUUGAUGAUAUAACUACUGGUCGAGUAAUGGAACUGCGUUUAGGCGGUAAAAUUAAAGAUCGGUCACGAAUAGUUUUUGCAACUGGCGAAAAUAUGAAAAGUAUCACUGUUUCUGCUAAUGAAGGAUUUGUAAGAGCAGCACGCAUGCAGGGAAUUGAGUGUACAGUUUUUUUACAUGAGCCAAGAUCUCUAUCAGAAAUGAAAGAAGGUAACGCAACGAAAAUAGAAUCAUUUUGAUAUUACUUAUUAUUUAGGCAAUUACAAACAAGAUACAUACUGACAGGGGGAAGUGAGAAUACAGUAAUUAACUGGAAGCAGAGGUCCCUUAUAUAAGAUAGAGUAGGAACAAAGCGUAGGUGUGUGUGUGGAGUAAGUAGGGAAUUGUAUAGCUAGGGCAGAAUUGCGAAAAAGCGAUGCGAGAUACGGCGACAAUUGGAAGUGCGACAAAUGUAAUGUAGCUAUGCGAAGUUAUUGUAUGGUGGUUAGAUUUUAAGAUUUUACAAAUGUUUUUGUAUUUUUUGUAAUUUUAAUCAUUUUUUUUCUUUA